AGGACCACAGCACCACCUACUUAUAGAAGGCACCCCGAGCCUUAGCUUGUCUGCAUCUCCAUCGGAAAGUGCGCUGGCCACAUCCCUUUGGCCUCCAGGCAGUGUUCCGUCUCCCCCAGCUCAGGCAGGGAGAAACCUCAGCUGUGAAGUGGUGGUGGAGAGAGCCGUGGGAGCAGCGACUGGACCCGGACGCCAAAAGGAGAGUGGACGAGCCCCUCGCCCAAGAAUCGCUCUCUCGGAGCGAGACACAGCAUCCCAGCGCGAGCAGUCGCGCUUGCCGGGCCGCGCGCUCCUGCUAGGCGAGCCAGUCCCCAGGACUCUCGGGGUCCGCGACCCCUGCUGCUGCUGGCGGGAACCCAGAGCUGCAAGAGCUCCCGGCGGGUGUCGGCAAACUUUUUCUGAGCCCACGUGCUGACUAAAAAACCCCUCCUUGUUCCCCGAGCCUAGGAUGGAUCGCCGCGCCUAGGCACACUGUGCAGCAGAGGCAGGAGCGCACGGUAGGCGAGCCACACCUGGUGAAGCGGCGCUGGGAUAGCCCAACCCGGGAGCAAAGGGCAGGAGAGCGCCCCUUUAAAGCCCCGCGCUCGGGUGCUGCUUGAGCGCUUUUCCUUCGGCAGAGCUCGCACAACGCCCUCUCCCCAGGGUCAGAAGCCACUGCUCGGCAGAGGUUGCUAAUUCACUGAUUGUAAUCACCUUCCUCUCCAAGUCGCCUGCAGCUGUACCAUCUGCGUUAAAGUGCUGCGUGGCUCCUGCCAGUGAGUUCGCGUCCUCCCUCCCUCCUUUCUUUAAAGCAAGAGGCGCGAAGGUGCAGCUAGCUCCUUCGGGUUCUCUUCGUCCCUCGUCUACCCUACUUCUCUUUCCUCCUCUCCUAGGUUUAAGGCGGAGGGGGAGAUGCUCAUCGAGCCAAACUGACCAUUGCAGCCCCCGGGCCAGUGGCAUCUGUCUCUGAGUCCUUCCUAGGAGCGCUACCCGCGCUGUCUCCUUGCAGGAGCCCCGCGUUUCCUCUGCUUUGAGAGGUGUCUCUCCCCAGACCCACCGUCCAGAUGCGUUUUCGCCUCUUCUCUUUUGCCCUCAUCAUUCUGAACUGUAUGGAUUACAGCCAGUGCCAAGGCAACCGAUGGAGACGCAAUAAGCGAGGUGGGUCGCGCUCAGCUGAAGCUAGCUAUGUAUCAAAUCCCAUUUGCAAAGGUUGUUUGUCUUGUUCAAAGGACAACGGGUGCAGCCGAUGUCAACAGAAAUUGUUCUUUUUCCUCCGAAGAGAAGGGAUGCGCCAGUAUGGAGAGUGCCUGCAUUCCUGCCCGUCAGGGUACUAUGGACACCGAGCCCCAGAUAUGAACAGAUGUGCAAGAUGCAGAAUAGAAAACUGUGAUUCUUGCUUUAGCAAAGACUUUUGUACCAAGUGCAAAGUAGGCUUUUAUUUGCAUAGAGGCCGCUGCUUUGAUGAAUGUCCAGAUGGUUUUGCACCAUUAGAUGAGAGCAUGGAAUGUGUAGAAGGAUGUGAAGUUGGUCAUUGGAGUGAAUGGGGAACAUGUAGCAGAAACAACCGCACAUGUGGAUUUAAAUGGGGUCUGGAAACCAGAACACGGCAGAUUGUUAAAAAGCCAGCAAAAGACACAAUCCCAUGUCCAACCAUUGCGGAGUCCAGGAGAUGCAAGAUGGCUAUGAGGCACUGUCCAGGAGGGAAGAGAGCACCAAAGGCAAAGGAGAAGAGAAACAAGAAGAAGAGAAGGAAGCUGAUUGAAAGAGCCCAAGAGCAGCACAGCGUCUUCCUCGCUACAGACAGAGCAAGCCAAUAAAAGAAAAUAAAUAGUUGGGGCAUUUUGAGGGUUUUUGUUUGUUUGUUUGUUUUUGUUAUUUGUAUUGCAAAAGUGCACAAAGCUACUCUCCAAUCCACACUGGCAGACAGCAUUCCUACUGCUCUGACCAGUAUCCAUUUUCAGUAACGUUUUGAAGGGAAGUGCCCAAGCAUGGACUCUGGGUUAUUUAUGCUUUGAUUUGAAUCUGGAGCCUGUGGUAGCAAAAGCUUGUUUAGCUGCAUCAGUGGGAGCUGUUGCAUGUGCCCUCCUGUGGUGAGCACAGUGUCACGAGAACCUGUCCCUGGCAAGCUGGACCUGCAGCAGGCACGAGGCUGUAUAUUGCCACCAGAGAAUGCACCGGUGCCUACUCUCAUGGAAGGAAAUACUACGUAGGCAAGCACUGUUCACUUGUGACUUUUAUUUCGAACAUUGUGCAUUGUCAAAGACAAGUGUGUGAGGAAAAAUUGCUCAGUGUCACCUCACAGUGUUCUCAGCAUCGGUGACCUUCAAAUGGUCCUGGGACGAGACUGCUUUCUAGGUAGGGGUAUGUUGUGGGAUUUCCUUCUGUCUUUCAUCCUAGUGCUAACAUGUACAGAUUCUGCUGAGCUACAUACAAAGCUCCUUACUGUAUAUUUAUGCUUUCUGUGUGUAACAAGUUAUACCUGGUUGAUAAGAUGUUACUUUGUUUCUAGUGGUUCUUAGCCAUGGUCUAGUUUUGAGAAUUGACAAGUGCUUUAUUUCCUCUUGUUUUCUUUUGUUUGUAUUAUUUUUGGCAGGGGUGGGGUGGGAUUGUUUCUAGCUGUAAGUAUAGGAUAAGCUAGUUUGUAUAUAAAGUCAAAUGACUGAUAUCAGAGUUUCAGCGCUGAAAAAACUUCCCCAGUUCAUGUCACAUGCGCACGCACGUAAACACACACACACACACACACACACACACACAUACAAACACACAUUCACACACAGUAAGCAGCAUGCAGUAUCUGGCCAUCAGAUGCCAUAGUCCAUUUUAGGCAAAAAGUGAUGAGUUAUGAAAUACAGCUACAAACAAGGAGACUAUGUGCAGUUACUUGUAUUUAUUAUACAAUUUCUAAUUUUAUUUUUUUUCAAACUUAAAUAAUUCAUGACUUGCAACGAUAGGUCACCUAGAAAAAUUCUUGGGUCACCAGGGAAGCUGCUAUCAUGAAAGCACCCAGAAAAUGAAGGAGAAAAUAGGCUAACGUUCCCCAGCUGAGAGUCCCAUCUCACAUUUCUCUGUUCAGCCAGAAUCUAUUGCAUUAGAACAGAGAGCAUGACGGAAGCUUCCUAGCUGACUCACACUGUUGAUAUUUCAGAAACAUCCUUGUCCCCUUGGGGCCAAAUGAUCCUUAGGCUUAUGAAUCAGCAUGUUCUAAAUGCAUUGUCUUCCUGUCUAAUCCAGGAGAAAAUUAGAACAAAAUAAGGUGUAGUUUUGAGGAACCUCCCCCACCUCAAAGCAAAGUAUAGCCUUCUCCUCACCUUACAUUGGUAAAACUACCUCUUCAGCAUUUUUGUUGAGUAAAAAACAUCUUGCCAAUAUGUAUAAACAUUAUAAGCUUCAUUAUGAAAAUAUUGAUGCAAGAUAAGCCAUAUAUGAAUGUUGUAUUCGACUUUAGGGUUUGAGCUUAACCCUAAAGUGUUCACUUUCCUUCAUGUCUCCUUACACCAUAUCCCUAUCUACUAUGUGGGUUGGGGUCUCCUUAAUAUCAUACUUCAUUGUUAAUAAAUCAAUGCUUGUUAUGCUUCUGGGCUGUUGUUUUUGUGCAUUAAAAACUCUAAAAUUGCUUUUGGACUGCGUUUUGCUUUAAGAGUACACUUAGGGGAAUACUUUACCAAUAUUACUUCUUGCUAGUAAUAUAUCAAAACCAAGAGAAAAUAUGUUGAUAUCAAUAUCUAGCACAGUCACUUCUGUGAAAAUUAUUGCAUUUGAAAGUGGGAUUUUCAGAAAUAAAUUGCUCAAGUUCCAAUCUCUGAGACAAACUGUUUACUUACCUGUAGCCCUGUGGUUUAAGGACUGCAUUAAGACGUACUUCAGUCCUCCACACCUGCAGGUGCUAAUGUGGUACAUUCAACCACACAUCACUAGUAUUUGAAAAACAUUACAUCCAUACUGAACAAGCAUGUUUUUGUCAUUCCUUAAACUUAAUGUAUUUAGCAACAUUUAAAUAUA